AUGCGGGCUCAGCUUGGCACGCAAAAGCGGCUACUUUGUCACCUCCAGGUAAUCGUAGACCACGUGCUGUACAACUACUAUCGCCGAAAUUCUGACGACGCUUCCGCCAAAGCUUACCUGACGAACAUUGUGGCGUCUCACGUGAACACCGCCACCACAAUCUACUCCUCCACUGAUUUCGGAGGCAUCGUCGGUAUCAAGUUUAUCGUGCAAUCCCUCAAGAUAAACUCGACGAGCUGCGAACCUCCGGAGGCCAGUCAGAACCCUUUCUGUAGCGACGACAUCGACGCGUCGGUGAUGCUGCAACUGCUGUCAUUCGAGAACCACAACGACUUCUGUCUCACCUACGUCUUGACGAACAGAGACUUUUCGUUCGGAACACUCGGUCUUGCCUACUUGGCGUACCCAGAUGAUCCAGGCGGCAUUUGCGGCAAGCAUCAAACGGUUCACACCAGGGGUGGCCCCAGGAAAAUGAGCCUCAACACGGGCAUCAUCACCUUCCAGAACCACGGCUCCCAAGUGUCGCCCAAGGUCAGCGAAAUCACCCUUGCCCACGAGCUCGGACACAGCUUUGGCUCCCCGCACGACGAAACCCUGGAGUGCACCCCCGGCGAUCCGGAAGGGAACUACAUCAUGUUCGAUCAGGCCACGAGCGCCAGGCUUCCUAACAACCGCAAGUUCUCCAAGUGCAGCAUUGCCAGCAUAGCGCAGGUUCUUCACGUGGUGAACGAGUCCCUGCACGACAAAGAGAACUGCUUUCUCGAAAACAAGGGCCCUUUCUGCGGUAACAAUAUUCGUGAGGACACCGAGGAGUGUGAUUGCGGAUACGGGGAGGUUGACUGCCGAGAACGGUGCUGCUAUCCGAGGAAAAACCAGGCCAACGCUCAGGGCUGCACGCUCAAGCCUUCCACGCAGUGCAGUCCUUCCUCGGGGAGCUGUUGCGGCGACGAUUGUCGGUUCAUCAAUAGGAGACAUGUCUGCGCACUGGAGAACGACUGCAAUUCGGCUGUCAACUGCAAUGGUUUGUCGGCGGAGUGCCCAGCGCAGACGAAAAAGGCCAACCUGACGCGAUGCAACAAAGGCUCCCAAGUGUGCAUCGACGGCAGCUGCGAGGGCUCCCUCUGUCUGCUGCACGGCUACGAAGACUGCCAGAGUUCGGGACCAUCGUACAGUGCAGAGAAGCUCUGCAAUGUGUUCUGCAAACUCACAGCCGGCGACAAAGCCUGCGUGGACCCUUGCGAGGAGCCAAAGCUGCAGCUUCUGUGCGGCGUGGCGAGGCCCCGUGGCGCGCCCUGCAACGGCAAUAUGGGCUAUUGCGACGUGUACAAACGCUGCCGCGCUGUCAACGAGGGGGGUGCCCUCCGGAGGCUCCAGAGCAUUUUCUUCGGCACCGGCAGGAUCAGUCGCUGGAUCCAGCGGACAGGGGACCGAUCUGUGGCAACACCAUGGUUGAAGGAAACGAGACGUGCGACUGCGGUUACACUGAAUCGGAAUGCAACGACGAGUGCUGCUAUGCUCGCCAGAACGACGACAACAAGGAAGGCUGCUCGCUCAAACCAAACGCCAAAUGCAGCCCAACAGCAGGCCCAUGUUGCACUGUGAAAUGCAACCCAGUGGGAAGAAAGGUGAUG